AGGCCGGUUGGCUCGAGCUGUUUGCGCUUCAGACAAGUCGUCCAUGGACCCUGUCCGCUUUGCCAAGGUCCGCGCCUUCGUCGACAGCUCAUGCCUGCCCCCAGGGCGAGGUGCUGAUGAGCUGAAGUACGAGAAGCAGACGCUCUCUGAAGCGAGGCGCAAGCGUGCCUUGAUGAGCUUUACCGAGCGCAUGGAGGCAGACGCGGGCUGCCAGCACGCCUACCACGAGGUGAUGGACAUGCGAAAGAACGAGCCCCAGCGGAAGGCGCUCGAUAAGAUGGUGGAGCGGAUGCGGCCGGUGCCGCCGCUGAAAGAGCCCAAGGUUAUCCGCCACGAUUGGCGGGCGCUCUUCAACAGCGAGGUAUCCCGCACCCGAUGAUGGCCAAGCAAACCUUGAGUGCAGAUGCGAUGAAUGGACUUUCUCGCCGAAAUAGGACAACCCUUGGCUUCGAUUUUACUCUGUUUUCUGCCGGGUACAUGCUCCAUGCACAAGCGUGGGGCAUAGCGCCAGUCGCGGGGAUCCAUGUUCCACUUCGACCUCCCUAAAUCGAGCAAGCGUAGCGAGGACGAUGGACGGGUGUGUG